CCGUCGCACCACUUCGUUCGUCUCUCCCUGUUUCCUCCAAAAUGGCCGCCUUCACCUCUCUUCUUAGAAGAGCUUCUUCUUCUUCUUGCUCAUCUCUUCUUCGGAACCGGGGCUUCAGCAAUCUCCCCGAUGACACGGUGUAUGCGGGACCCACUUCCCAGGCCUCGAUCAAGACAGUGACGCUGGCCUAUCUUAGGCAGAAGCAUAGAAUGGGCGAACCCAUUACCAUGGUCACUGCUUAUGAUUACCCGUCGGCGGUGCACUUAGACAUGGCCGGUAUCGAUGUCUGUCUCGUCGGAGAUUCGGCUUCCAUGGUAGUUCAUGGACACGACACCACUCUGCCCAUCACCCUCGACGAAAUGCUUGCUCAUUGUCGUGCCGUCGCUCGUGGUGCUAAGCGGCCGCUUCUGGUAGGGGACUUGCCUUUCGGAGCUUACGAAUCGAGUACUGGUCAGGCAGUUGAUACAGCAGUUCGCAUAUUAAAGGAAGGAGGAAUGGAUGCAGUAAAAUUGGAAGGAGGGUCGCCUUCAAGAAUUACAGCAGCAAAAGCUAUUGUUGAAGCUGGAAUUGCUGUCAUAGGACAUGUGGGACUAACUCCACAGGCCAUUAGUGUUUUAGGGGGUUUUAAGCCCCAGGGAAAGAAUGUGUCUGGUGCUGUCAAGGUUGUAGAGACUGCUUUGGCUUUUCAGGAAGCUGGAUGCUUCUCUGUUGUUCUAGAGUGUGUGCCUGCACCUGUGGCUGCUGCGGCAACCGCAGCCCUUCAAAUACCCACAAUAGGAAUUGGGGCUGGUCCAUUUUGCAGUGGACAGGUGCUAGUUUAUCAUGACUUGCUUGGUAUGCUGCAACAUCCCCAUCAUGCAAAGGUCACUCCAAAAUUUUGUAAGCAGUACGCUCGUGUUGGAGAGGUUAUCAAUAAAGCCCUCCUGGAGUACAAGGAAGAAGUGACAAGCGGCUCAUUUCCUAGUCCUUCCCACAGCCCAUACAAGAUCAAUGACACAGAUGUUAAUGAUCUUCUAAAUGAAUUGCAAAGGUUAGGUUUGGACAAGGCAGCAUCGGCAGCAUGUGAAGCAGCUCAGAAGGUAAAAGAAUCAUCCAAAUCAGUGACAGAAAAUCCAUCAAAGGGAAUGGUUUAGAAAGAGUUGAACAGGUUAUUCUUCCUUUUCCCUCUAAUCUCCUCUCCUUUAAAACACUACAGCCAAUAACACUGUUCAAAGAAAGUUAGGCAGUAGAUAGUUGAUACCAUCUCUUAAGGCAGGUAGACCCUGUUAUGGUUAUUAAAAAAUAGUGACAUUAUCAAUGUAGUACUCUAGUCAUUUUUCGUAUCAUUAUAGUACCUGAAAAUAUGAUUCUUGUUUCGACUUUAUAUGAUAUUUGAUAGUUAAAAAGAUUGCAUGGCAUAAUCAAUUUAGUA